AGAGCAAGCUGGACAGAACGAGAAUGAGCUAGAAUAGGGACAGACAGAAGACGUCUCGAACGGCACUUAGAGGAUGGAGGAGAAAGGAAACGUUAGAACGGAUAAUGGUACCAGUGACAAUUAGAGGGCUUGCUACCUUGGAAGGAGUAAAAAAAAAAGCUUAAACAUGUGUUUCUGACACAUUCUGGACCUGUUUGACCAGGCCUGGUGACAGAGUGACUAAAGACAGUGGAAGACUAUACAUUGAGAUGACAGGAUUUUGUGAGUCACGACUCCAACUGGGAAUGCGACACUAACACGGUUUGGACAUCAUAGUGCUCACUUGUAUUGAUGUUCCUGCCAUAUGAAAGAGAUAGAAAGAAAGGCAAUUUUGGGAAAUGCUUCAAGAGUUCUCCAGGGAUGACCGUGUCAAACUUCUAGAUGCUUCGUCUUCUCAGACAUAUGAUGGUCUCAAGGUUUUGGAAGUGAAAACCGAUGAAGACUAUGUCUCUCAGAGAAUCCACUCAAGAAAAUGAUUACGAGAUGCAUAGCGGAGAUUGUUGAGAACAACUUGAACUUGGUUUUGAUGUAGCAAAAAUGUUUUUUUUUUACUUUUGAAUGUGAAGGCACCUGUUCGAUGCAUUGAUAGCAGAACUAAUGACCGCUACAUAUCCUUGCAGAAUAUUUAUAACAGCUUCCUGGGUGCCUCAGAUUUUUUGGCCUACUUGUGGAACAAUAUGAAGAAAAGUUAUCCUAAAUUGCCUUGUCCUGUUUUUCAGAGUCAGCAUCUUCUUCCAGACCUAAUUACUUCAUAUUCAUCAUAUGCCUCUUUGUCCUGAUGUGUCCUUUGAAUUUAAACAUUUUGAAAGAAACAUUCUGACAUCUAGAAGGGUGUUAAACCUUCCAGAAACCCAGUAGAACUCAACAAACCCUUCAGUUACAGCCCCCAGGUAACAGAGAUGGUGGUCACUCAGUUAGAGCUGGAGCUCUGUUAUCAGGGGAAGAAGCUCAGAGGAUUCAACUGCAAGCUCACCCGCUCAGCUCAUGGCUUCCUGCCUGAGAGCUCGUACAUCAUUGCUGCACAUGUCUUGUUGCCAUAUCUGCUGGGAGGGCUGGGGAUGGUGGUGGCUGGUAUUGUCAUGGAUAUUAUUCAACACUGGGACGUAUUUAAAGUGAUCACGGAGAUCUUCAUCCUGGUACCUGCUCUGGUCGGUCUCAAGGGAAACCUGGAGAUGACUCUAGCGUCUCGACUAUCUACUGCUGCUAACAUCGGACAGAUGGAUGACACCAAACAGCAGUGGAUGAUGGUGACCUGUAAUCUUGCUCUUAUUCAGGUUCAGGCUACUGUAGUGGGCUUCCUGGCAGCUCUUGCGGCCGUGGCUCUUGGUGCUGUGUCCAGAGGCAGUGUUGAACUGGACCAAGCGGCUGUGCUGUGUGCUAGCAGCGUUACUACUGCAUUUGUGGCAGCACUGUCUUUAGGUCUGGUUAUGAUUGGUGUGAUCAUUGGCUCCAGGAAGGUGGGCAUCAACCCUGAUAAUGUGGCUACACCGAUAGCCGCCAGUCUGGGAGAUCUCAUCACUCUGUCUUUACUGGCUGGAGUAAGCAGCACUCUGUUCCAGUACAGAGAUGUAUGGUACUUGUCCCCUCUGGUGUGUGGCUUAUUCCUUCUACUCAUUCCUUUCUGGGUGGUCAUCGCCAGACGCAGUCCUCAGAUUAAAGAGGUGCUCAAGUCUGGCUGGCAGCCUGUAUUAGUGGCCAUGUCCAUCAGCAGUUUUGGAGGUCUUAUUCUUGAUAAGACUGUGAGUGAUCCGAACUUUGAGGGAAUGGCUGUCUUCACACCUGUCAUAAAUGGUGUGGGGGGAAAUUUGGUGGCCAUCCAGGCGAGUCGGAUCUCCACCUACCUUCAUUUCUGGAGUGUCCCUGGAGUGCUGCCCUAUAAGAUGAGACAGCACUGGCCCAAUCCCUGUGUCACGUUCUUCUCCUCUGGAGUGAACUCCAAGUCAGCUCGGGUGCUGUUCCUCCUGGUGGUACCGGGUCACCUGUUGUUUCUCUUUGCCAUAAAUAUGCUACAAGGUGGUCACACUGCCAUCACGCCAGCUUUUACCUGCUGCUACCUGGGCGCUGCUCUACUUCAGGUCGGGAUCCUUAUUUAUACGGCUGACUUGAUUGUGCGUUUGGUGUGGAGGAAAGGACUGGACCCUGAUAACUUCUCCAUCCCAUACCUGACUGCACUGGGUGACCUGUUGGGCACAGGGUUCCUGGCCAUGUGUUUCCAUCUGGUCAUGUCAGUGAAGGGGCUCGGCCUGUAAA